CAACAACUAAGGUCACAUAGGGCGGAAAAAAACUUGCUGAUCGAAAUUUGUUAAGAAGUGCUCUUCGUGGAUUCUGCACGGCUUAAGUGUCAUGAAUCCCUCUCCUGCUUUUUCUGCAGCUAACGGCACUGGGUCUAACCUUCAGACUGGAAAUACAGUCUCAGCUACUUGGAUUAACAAAUUGAAAAUCGUUGGGCGAGGACAAAAUUGGGCAGUUGCACCAUGCGAACCAUUUUACCUAAUGGGUACGGAACCUCCUGCUCCAGAUGCUGCUCUCACAGGUGCCAAGAACUUAAUCGAACAUUAUGGUUUGGAGAAUGCUUAUCAAAAAUUUUGUGGUAAACGCCUUAGAGAAGAGUUAAAUGCUUUCUUACCUCAUUUAUCUGGAAACAUUGACGUUCCAGCCUCAGUUGAUGAAAGUGGGUUGAUGAGUUUAAUUGAAAGACCUCCAAUUCGAGGUAAGGAGUUAAGACCAUUUGCACCCAGUCAGUUGGACCAUGCCUUUCGGUUACAUCCUGGACCUUUACCUCAAGAGUAUGCUUCCCUUUUUGCAGCUGCCCCAUCCAAGCAUAUUCAUCGUAGUGUACAAGACCAACAGCAACUUAUGGGAAGUAAUGGUACAGGUACUCGUGUACCGGCUACAGCUGUGCCUGGCCUGUCUAGUUCAGGAUCUUUUCAUCGUAGACGCCGUCGACACGAAGUCCAUCGAGGAGCACUUGCAUCUGGAAGUGACAGUAGUUCGUCUAUAGGGGUACCAGGUGUUGGAGGAGUAGGAAGUGGAAAUGUUAGUGCCAGUCCAGCAUCAUUUUUCACUGGAGCACCGACCGCCUAUCCUCAAUUAGGAGCAGUACAUACAACGGCAUCGUUAUCCUCAAAAUCUAUGGUUUCACAGUCUCAUACACUUUCUUCAUCCUUAAGUAUAACAACUUCUGCACCAUGUACCAAUGUAACCAUGUCAAAUCAAUCAUCUAAUGCCUUAGAUAACAAUCCUGUUACUCAAGUGGUAAACCAUAGUAAGUUAGUAGAUCAUCCACCUGGUCUUAUACCUGUAUCAGCUCCUCAUUCUCAUCUAUUAGGAUCUUCUAUUUCAACGUCGUCAUCAUCUUCAGAGCCUCCACCUCCUCCAUUAUUAGCUCCCAUACAUCAUCAUUCAAAUCAAAAAUUGCCACAUUCAAUUCAAAAUACAUCAUCCACUUUAAAUCCUUUAUACAAUAGUAAUACAAUUGAUGUUAGUUUAACACCAAAUAAAUCUGUUCCACCUGCUCCACCGGUACUUCAUUCUAUUCAUCCACCAAGUAUAAAUCCUAUCAAUUCAUCUGUUCCUUCACAACCCCCUUCUCAUCAGUUUCACCACUAUCGUCAUCAGCAACAACAACAGUUAUCAUCACAUCUACACCAUCAUCAACAUCCACUAUCAUCAGUGCAUCAUCAUCAUCCUAUUGCGUCGUCUCACUCUUAUCCAUCUUCAUUAAGUCAAAAUUCUUCACGAUCAAUGUCACCAAUACCAAUGGAAACGAAUUCAUCAUCACCACAAUCACCAGACAUUUAUAAAAUACGUCGUUUAGAUAUGACCGAUGAAGAACGCCGUAAAAAGAAACGACGCGAAAAAAAACGUAGAAAAGACAAAGAAUGAUACAUUAUCGCUGUUAUUGUUAUAUUAUUAUCAUUAUUAAUAACUAAGUGAAUAUUUUCGAAAUAGUUCGAAUUAUAAUAUAUGACUAAUAAUCUCUAACUACUGCGGUCCUUGUAUUUACAUAUAUACAUGACUACCAUAUUUUAUAUAUAGUCGAUAAUGUUACAGAGUGACAUGUAACUAUGCUACUCCAUUAGCUGUUCACAUAUCUUGUAAUAUAAUUUGAUAAUUCUGUAAGUAAUAACGUUUGUAUGUAAUGGAGCAUUUUGUUUUGAAUUUGUUCAUUGUUACGUUUAUUUGAUGGUGUGUAUGUAGAUCGGAAGAAAGUAAAGUGUAGCCAAAUGCAAGUGUGUCAUUAUUUCACCAAGUUAUUAGCCCCCAAAUGCCCUGGUACG